GGGGCGCCUGCCUGGAACGCGCUCCUGAGUCGGCCGGAGGCGGGAAAAGCUUGAGGAGAAAUUUUUCUUUCUAAACAUUUGAGGCUAGUGGGGCAAAACAACUAAAUCCUAUUCUCCUGAGGUUGUGUAACCGGAAAACUAUCAAAAUCUGUGACAUCCAAGUUCUUUGUCCUGUUUUCAGAUGUAUAUCUCAUUUUAAAUGGAUGAUCAAUUCAUGAAAUAAGAAAAAGGAUGGCAUCUAAAAUAAACACUGAUUUCACUUUGAUUCCCAACCAGAAAUAUAGACGUCGCAAUCGUCAUUCCAGCUACUUACCCAGCAAUCUAGUUUCAGAUUCUCAGCCCUUAUCUACGCUUGGAAGUUUCAAUGCCUUGCCAUUGGAAGUAUUUCAAAUAAUUUUAAAAUACUUGUCAGUGAAGGAUAUCAGCAUGUUAAGUAUGGUGUCCAAAACUGUCAGCCAGAGCAUUAUUAAUUACAUCUCAACUUCAUCAGGAAGCAAAAGGCUGUUGCUACAGAACUUCCAUACCCUUGAGCUGCAUGACGAGACAGAGAACUUUGCUAUCCUGGAGCACUACCGAUCUCUAGGUCUUCUAUUUAAAAGAUGUACACUGCUGUUGCCCACCAAAGAAAGAUUGAAGUACAUCCACAAGAUACUCAUAGAAAUUCCCUGUUUUAAAUUCAAUGGCUGUGCAGCUCCUAUACAAUGCUUAGGAUUGUCAUGUUAUGGCAUGUUUUUACAGACCUUAACAGCAGGUUGGGAUGAUCUCGAGUGCCAUCGUGUGUUUAACUUCGUGUGUGAGCUGACUAACCUGUCCCGCAAGAUGCAGGCUGUUGUUUGCAGCAAACCAGGAAGUGCCCGGAAAUUGGAGUUAAGAAUCAGACUGUUCUGCAGGAAUGUUCUGCUUGAUCACUGGUCCAGUCGAAGUGAUUCAGCUUUUUGGUUGACACGAAUAUUAAAACCCUGGCCAAUGGUGAAUCAAGCAAGAUUACUGUAUAUCAUCUUUGGGCCAGUAUCUCCUCAUGAUGGACAGGUGUUUUGGCAGAAAAUGACAGAAGGACCUACAGAUGAAUCGAGUCUUAAAGGUCUGGCAGAUGCCAUUAAAUUACUAUAUGACACAGGCACCAAGGAGUGGACAGCAGAUGAUGUCAUCAGUCUCGUGGACGAGCUAUCAGUGGUUCCCCGUGAGUGGCUCCUAGAGAAUAAUGCACGACUUCUAAUCUUAAGUGGAAACAACAUCUGUUUCACUUUCAUGGCUAGUAAAGCUGUGAACGGACGGGCCCUUGAACUGUCAAGACUUAUAGUCUUUUUGGCUUUGGUGUGUGAGAAAGAGCUCUACUGCAUGGAUUGGGCAGUGAAAAUGAUGCAAAAAGUCUGUAAAGUGUUUAAUACUCCAGUGGAAAGAAAUAAUUUCUUGCAGAAUGUAGCCAGUGCAUUUGCAGGUAUCAUAAUGGAAAUGCUGCACUCAGUUAUGUCUGGAGAUCAUGAUGAAGACAACAGAAGCUUUUUGAAUUUGUUCCAUCUUGUACAUGCUCAGGCUAACUUCCACAAGGAGGUCCUGUAUUUGACCAUGGGGGCUGUGUCUACCUAAAUACUCAACAAGCUUUUCCUCUAUAGAGUGUUUCCCUGAACUACCAACCAGAAGAUUGCUACUUGUUCACAUCCAAAGAGUAGCAUCCAUGGGACUUACCAUCUAAGUAACCUCAGAACAUGGCAGAGAAUCUGAGAAGUAACUGCUUGUGC